CCUGAAUAAGUAUUAUAAAAACAUAAAGUUUAAUAAAAAGAUCAUCAUCAAAUUACAUAAGGAGGAAACCAAUAAAUAAAUUUUGAUAGUAUAACAAAUUAAGGUGAAAUUGUUAAAGAACUAAAAUAACAGCAGUAAGAUUUAUAAGAAAAUUUAAAACAUGGAAUCAAAGUAAGUAUUUCCACUCCUUAAAUUAAAUCUAUUUAAAUUCCUUCACUAGCAAAAGCUACAACAAAAAAAAGAAGUAAAAAAGUUGACCCUUAACUAUUAGACGUUGUACAGAUAAAACUUGAAAAGCAAAGUUCUCUUUAAUUCAUAUCCUGAAGUUUUCUUAUCAGAAGUAAAUUAUUUAAUAUAUAAUAUAGGCUGAAUGUAAUGCUGGAUACAAAUUAGCUGCAGCAUUGGCAAAUUAUGAUAUCACAGAUGAACGCUCAUUAAAGUUUGCAGAAAUCAAAUGUAAAUAAAGGGUCAAAUUACCAAGAUUAUAAUUACAAUAUUUUAUUUUACAUAAAAUAUUAAUUAUUUAUUUAAUAUCUGAUAAAUAUCUUAAUAAAUAAAUAUAAAGCUAAAAUAUUAUUGAUGUAAAUAAUUAAAAUUUAAAGAAAAGACAAUACUCAAAAUACAAUUUAUCGAAAAAAAAAUUAUUAAUUUAAUUAACAUAAACCUUUCUUAAUCAUUUCAUAAAAAUCCCUUUUAUGAAAAGUCAGAUUAGAUUAAAUUAAAUUAUAUUGUUAGGUUAAAUAACAUCUCAAUUAAAGAAUAAAAGUUGUAACUUGGAAAUCAAAGUGUUUUAGAUUUUUUUUUAUUAAUAAUUGAAAAAUUAUGUUGUAUGCAAUAAUUUAUCUUAGACUUGCUUAUUACAAGCAUUAAAAAUAUUUAUUAAAUUUGUUUCUUCUUAGAAUUUUUUUUAGAAUUGUUCCGAUUGGUGCUCAGAAAAUAAAAUUUGGUUGAACAUCAUUGUUGAAUAAAAAUCAACCGAAAAAUAACUUAGAACAGUUCAAAUUAAUACAUAAACAAGUCAUAAAUUAAUAAAUGAUUUCAAAAUAAAAGAUAAUUUGAGGAGGCCAAUGUAGCGUAAAUUUUACAUAAAAAUACUUCUUUUUAGAAUGAAUAUAACUUCUUAAUAAAAGAAUUUGCAGUAAGAACAGAGAAUAUACUCUUAAAAUUUUUUGAAUAUAAAUUAAUUUUUUCAUACCAAACACAAGAUUUGGUUAAAAAUAAUUAAUUAUAAAUGGUCAAACAAUUAGUAAAAGAAAAUUGGAUAAAUAUUAUAAUUUUCUAGGUUAUCAUAAUUUAUAAAUGAUAAAGAUAAAUUAAUCCAAAAAUAUAUAUUAAUUCAAACAAUUAAGAUGGAAAAACUAUAUAAAUUAAAUAGUAAGCAAUAAUUUUUGAUCAUUUUUUUAAUGAUUUAAAAAAUUAAGAAUGAGAAUUUGAAUUUAAUUACUAAUUAUUUAUAUAAUUAAUAUAAUAUGACAACUUAGAUAAAAAAACUAUCAAAACUAGAUCAUACAGUACCAAUUUAUUCUCCUCGUACAACUUAUAAACAGAUUUUACAUACUGAUGAAACAUUAUUGGCCGAUCUUACUCUUAAUUUUGAUCCAUUCACUAUUAAUGUUUUAAGAACAGAAUUUUUAAUGCGACAUGGAUCUAUGGAGGUGACAGAAUUCAUUUUAGUUGUCAAGGAACAUUUAUUAAGUUGGCAAUUAGAAAUCUCAAAUAGAGAUAUUAAAUUAAUUAGGUAUUUGAUAUUAUAAUAAGAUAACUUGUUAAUCUAUUUGAAGAGAUUGAUUUAAAUGGUAAUGGGAAUUUAGAAUGGGAAGAAUUCACAAACUACAUUAUUGAAAAAGCAACAGUAUUAAAUAAUAUUAAGUCUAAAUAAGAUGAAAUCAAACUUUACACCAAAUCUAAUAUGAAACCAUUCAAAAAAUUCACAUAAAUCAUUACUAGGGUAAUUUACAUAAAGGAAAUAGAUAAAAUAGCAUUUUUUGAGGAAGGAAGUGAUGAAAUUUAAUUUAUGACUCCUGAUGGUGGAUUUGGCUUAAAGCCAUUAAAAAUUGUACCUAUUAGUGAUAAAGUUGUGACAACACAAGCAAAAAAAGAUAAAGAUAAACAAAAUGUAUAUAAACUUAAUUCAGAACUAGUUUGUUAUUGUUAAAAAAGAAGACACAAUAGAAAAAAAGACAUAAAUUUUGUCAAUGCUCUACAUUGAUGACCCUAAAUAUCAAAUAUUAUUGACAUCAACACAUGAUGGCUAUGUAAGAGGGUGGAGAUAUUAAUCCUCAGGAUUUGUUUAGGCCAAUUAACCUGAUAAUGAUGAGGAGAUGAUAGAACAUCAUUUUAAUAAUGACAUAUAUAGUAUGACUUGGGAUGGGAUAAAUGAAAUAUUGUAUUGUGGUUAAAAAGAAGGCCAAAUUAAUAUAUGGAAUUUGAAAAAUGAUACAGAAAUUCAAUUUGAAGAUAUAAGUCAUACUGAUGUUGUUAUGGAUAUGAUUGCUAUGCCAAAAUUACAAUUUAUGGCAUCAGCUAGUCUAGACCAUAAUUUAAUUUUGUGGAAUACUUUAUCUAAAAAACGAGAGCGUACAUAUAAGGAACAUACAAGAGGCAUAGUGUCUUUAGCAUUUAAUGAGAGUUUAAUAUUAUUAUUUUCUGCUGGAUUUGAUCAUAAUUUAUGUGUUUGGAAUCCAUAUAUUGAAAGUUUGAUUUUCAAAAUACAAGGCCAUAGUAGUCCAGUUAUUGGAGUUGUAGUUAUUGAAGGUACAUCAUAAAUAGUUUCUUUGGAUUAAGAAGGUAGUGUAAAGGUUUGGGAUACAAAGAAAUUUAAUUGUGUUUAAUAAUUUAGUGUUGAAACAUAAGAUGAAAAACAUAAGUUUAAUCCUUCGAGUUUAUGUUAUAUACCUAAACCUUUAAGGUUAAUCUUUGGUGGUAGAUCAAUUUAUUCUUAUGAAUAUGACAAGAAUUAUAAUCCUAAUUCAGUAGAUGAUUAUGUUGCAGUAUGUUGUAAAUUUAUAGAAAAUUAAAUGGCAUUUUUUACACCAGCAGGAACUAAAAUAAAAAUAUGGAAUGCUUUAACUGGAGAUGUUAAAAAAAUAUAUAGUGAUAUUACAACUACUGAAAUCACAGCAUUUAAAUUAGAUAAUUUAGAUAAAAGAUUUAUUAUUGGAGAUAGUAGUGGAACUGUUGCAUUAUUUAAUGUUAUUAAUGGAGCAAAAAUCAAGAAUCUACCAAAACAUUCAGGUGAAGUUGUUGCUAUUGUUCAUGCAUCUGAUAUUGGAUCAUUCUUUACUGGAUCUAUGGAUAAUAAUGUAUUUAUGACUUUAGAUAAUGAAUUUGGAGAAAGUGAAUUAUUACGUACAUUUAUAAUCUAAGAUGGUUAAUUAACAUAUUUAAGUUAUGAUCCUGCAAUGAAACAUUUAUUAGCAGGAACUAAUUCUGGUUAAAUUAGAUUUUAUGAAACUGAUACAAAUAAAUUACAUGGAGUUGCUAAUGAAUUUAAAUAAGGAGAAGAAAUUACAUCUAUCAAUUUAAUCAAAGGAAUUCCAUUUAUGUUUGUUACUAAUAGUUAAGGUAGAAUCUCAAUUAUGUCAAUGCCUCCUGUAUUACAUAGAUUUGUCAAAGUUUAUACUUUCACUAAUAUAGAUCCUGAAAUUCCUAGUUAAUUAUUAGGAAUCUCUAAUGCAGUAUUCAGUUAAGAUAAAAAAGUACUCUAUAUAAGUGAUGACAAAGGUUUCAUUAAAUGUUUUGAAGUUGAUUGGCUUGUAGACUUUUUGAUUAAUAUUGUCAACGAAAAAGAUAAGGAAGAGGCAGCUAUAAAAAGAAUUAAAGGACUUAAAACUACUUAAAAUGGAAGGCAAAUGCUAACGUUGCCAAAAAUAGCUUAAAAAGAGGUUAAAAUGAAAUGGAUUACUAGAGCUCAUUAUGAAGUUAUUAAAUCUUUAGAAUAUGUAGAAAAAGAGAAUUUUCUCAUUACUACUGCUUUUGAUAAGAAAGUGAAACUCUGGGAUGCAGAAACAGGUAAAUUUAUAGAUUCAUUUCAAUAAAAUUAUGAUAGGAAAGAACCAAGACCUAUUGCUCUAAAAAGAAGUGGAACAGAUGAAAUUUAUAAUGCUGAAUUAAAUGAAAGAGUGGAUCUCAAAUAUUCUUUAUUACUUCAAUAAUAAUAAUAAGAAGAAUAAAGUGGUUAAGUUCAAUAAAUUUAAGUUUUAGAAGAAAAGAUUUCAGAUCCUCUUGGACAAACUAAAUCUCCUCAAGAAGAAUUCAAUCCAUUUUAUUACUUAGAAAAGAUAGAUUAAUCUAAAUUAUCAACUCUAAAAAGUAAUCCUGAAUGGAAAUUAGAAAUAAGAUUUAAAGAAUAUUAUGAAAAUUAUGAAUAAAAAAUUAAAACUUUAUUUGAAUAAGUUAAAAUUAAAGAAAGGGAGGUAUAUGAGAAAUAAGUUAAAUAAGGAAUACAUAAUAGACAUUUUAAAGGGUAAAAUGGACCAUCUGAUGAUGAUAAACAAUUUGAGUAAAAUCAUAAACCAAUAAUAAAAGAUGAUGAAGGAAAUAAUAAUCACCCAUUAUAGUAAUAAGCCUCAUAAUAAUUUACUCAAAAAAUAAAGCUCGAAUAAGUACUGUAAAGAUAUAAGGUUCAGUAAAAAGAUCAGCAUUAAAUUUAAUAAAGAGGAAACCUAUAAAUAAAUUUAGAUAGCAUGAUUAAUUAAAGCGAUAUAGUUAAAGAGCUUAAAUAACAACACUCUGAUUUAUAGGAAAAUUAUAAAUUUGGAAAUAAAGGAGGUAAUUUGACUCCUUAAGCGAAAUCUACAUCAGUUCCACCUUUAGUGAAGAAUGUAACACAAAGAUAAACUAAAAAGGUAGACCCUUAACUAUUUGAGAAGUUAUAUAAAUAAAACUUAAAAAGCAAGGCACUUUAUAACUCAGAUCCUAAAAUCUUCCUAUCAGAAGUAAAUUAUUUUAUUUAUGUUAAGGCUGAAUGUAAUGCUGCUUCAAGAUUUGUCACUGUAUUAGAGAUUUAUGAUAUCACAGAUGAAAGAUCAUAAAAAUUUAAAGAAAUUAAAUGUAGAUCAAAAGUCAAAUUACCAAGAUUAUAAUGA